AAAAGACCGUAAGCCGCAGGCUGGUGUAGCCUGUGAUAAUGAAUUAGCAAGUCACUUGAAAUAUUGCAUGUUCAAAAUCAACUUAAUUUUGUUUUAUCUAAUAUCUGCUGUUCAAGUGUCUGGAGUAAUUUUCUUAACCUGACGUUUUAUUUUACACAAGCCCAGUAUCUUAAAAAUUUAUAAUGGCAGACAUUAACACUGCCAAAUGUAAUUGGAGUUAUUUUCAGUGAAAGAACAGGAAACGGAGACAUUAAAUUGCUAUUCUGUUUUAAAUUUUAUUUUAUCCUUUAUUUACUUUUUGAUCAUGGUAUCUGUAGCUUCCUAUCUAUUUCCAAAAGAGAAACAAUACUCCAGGGCUUAAGAUCACGUACAAUAACUCCGGAUAAGGGCUGCUGUAAUUUUUAAUUGAGGUUCUGGAAAAUUAAUUGUGCCUGUUUUCCAGAUGUUGGUCAGAUUGUUGGUUUAAUAAUGAAAUCCAAAGGAGUCCAUUAUUAAAAACAAAAUUAUAAUCAUCCACUGCUAUAUGCUUAUUACAUUAAUUUUUUCUAGUUAACAAAGUGUCUGCUAUUCCUGGAAUCUUGAAUAACUUCAGGACUCGAAUACACAUAGUUGAGGCAUGAAGUGUAAGCCCUUUUCAAAUUCAAUUACAAUGAAUUUGUCAUUGUAAUUUUCUUAAAUGGUCAGAGAGACUAACAUUCUGAUUGUGUGUGCGGAGCGACUAUUUGAACUCACGUGAAAGUUUUCUGAGCUGAGUGAGAACCGGAGGUUGACCAUGCAAAGGUGAAAACAAAAAUAAAACAUAGAUUUCACUUAUACAGUAUGUUUUCUAAAUAAAAAGGGUUGAGAAGGCUUUCGAUUGCUUUUUAGAUUUCCAGGUUUGUCCUUUACUUGGUGUUUCUGAAGCAGGUAAAUAGGCCAAGUAACAAAUAUCAACAACAACAACAGCACACAAAGAUCAGGGAACUCUGGCAGGAUUUUAUGGCUUGUGCUUCCAUCCCUCGUCCGGAGCCAAAUGACCCCCAUACAUCACAUUACAUAGCAGUUUCUAAGACAGAACCUAUUAUCGUUAAGUUGGAAGGAGAGUUCAAGCCGUGGUCAUGGAGAUGACGCUGGUUUUUCAGGUUCCUGAUGGGUUUUUUUUUCUCUAAUCCAUCAUGUUUUAACAGGUAGAAUUUGAUAGUUGCCCUGAAUAACAGGACCUCAGAAAGUCCAAGGCAGGAGGGUCUGGAGACCUUCUGUAACAGGGGCAAAGAGGUGGGAGUGGCCUGCUGGGACCUGCCUGAGAAAUAGGGAGAGGGAAGGAGUAAAGAACUGUCCAAGAUUUGAGUUUAACUUCCUGGAGAGGGUGUCGUUGUUGGUCCAUCCCCACCCAGAAUGUUCCAUCCAAAGUUUUCUCUCCCCUCCUUGACCACAAGGGUCUCAUUUGGAGGAGGUGGGUCAUAUCCCUGCACAAGGGUAGAUUAACUGUCUAACAAGCUCAGCUUCUGAAAUCGACAAGGGUCCAGUAGGGCUAUUGCCUGAAAAAAAUUUGUGCAUACCUCUCUUGGGUGCUGGAAGGUCCAAGAAGGGCCUGGACGGGAAGUCACCCUGCGUCAUGGUUCUUUUGGCAAAUAUCAGUCCUAAAGAGAGGAUUGGAGAAAAAGUUGGUGACCCAAGCUCCCCUUUGCCCCCUUGCCCCUUCCCUAUGAUCUCCAGAGGGGAGGAAUCCAAGUUGUGGAGAGGAAGGGACACCCCAAUUUUCUUCUUCCCUGGAAAAGAAGGGAUCCAGAGCCUGUUCCUUUCUAGCCCAUCAGGCCUUUCUUCUUUUGGAUUCCAGCUCCCCUAGACCCGGCUUCCGGACCUCUCACUCUCCUCCCCUCUCCCCGGAAAACACCCCAACUCCAGAUGCAAGUUAAGCAAAUAUUUGUAGCUGCCAGUAAAUUCCAGCGGCUUUUUAUAGCGCGGCUCUCUGCGCCCGGGGCCAAAUCGUGCUGCUAAAUAUUGCUGACCACUUUUUCUUUUAUGGCUUUCAUGUCACUUAGCUAUUGAGAGUAAGAUGGAUUUGCGCGGAGCCCUCACGGCGCUGCGAUUCUCGCCCCCCAGGUCUGCGCUGGGCGGCCAUUGGCGGCGGAGCGUCACGUGACCGCGGGGGCGUGCCAAUGUGCGCCCUCACGGGUGUCAAGCCCCUGUCAGAGUUUGCGAUCAAGAUCGUGAAACAACGCGAUGCAAAAAGCGACCUACUACGACAGCUCGGCGAUCUACGGUGGCUACCCUUACCAGGCAGCCAACGGGUUCGGUUAUAAUGCCAGUCAGCAGCCGUACCCGGCGUCCGCAGCACUGGGCGCCGACGGCGAGUACCACAGACCCGCCUGUUCGCUCCAGUCGCCCGCAAAUGCCGGGGGCCACCCCAAGGCGCACGAGCUGAGCGAGGCGUGUCUGCGCACCCUGAGCGGUCCGCCCAGCCAGCCCCCGGGCCUGGGCGAGCCGCCCCUGGCCCCGCCGCCGCCCCAGGCCGCGCCCCCUGCCCCACCGCAGCCGCAACCCCCGCCGCAGCCCCCUGCGCCUGCCCCCGCCGCGCCCCCGCCCCCCUCGUCAGUCUCCCCCCCUCAGAAUGGCAGCAGCAACCCUACCCCCGCCAGCGCAGCCAAGAGCCCCCUACUCAACUCGCCUACCGUGGCCAAACAAAUCUUCCCCUGGAUGAAAGAGUCUCGGCAAAACACAAAGCAGAAAACCAGCGGCUCCAGCUCAGGGGAGAGCUGCGCAGGUGACAAGAGCCCACCUGGGCAGGCGUCGUCCAAGAGGGCGCGCACGGCCUACACGAGCGCUCAGCUGGUGGAGCUAGAGAAGGAAUUUCACUUCAACCGCUACCUGUGCCGGCCGCGCCGUGUGGAGAUGGCCAACCUGCUGAACCUCACCGAGCGCCAGAUCAAGAUCUGGUUCCAGAAUCGCCGCAUGAAGUACAAGAAGGAUCAGAAGGGCAAGGGCAUGCUGACAUCAUCAGGGGGCCAGUCCCCAAGUCGCAGUCCCGUGCCGCCCGGCGCUGGCGGUUAUCUUAACUCUAUGCAUUCGCUGGUUAACAGCGUCCCGUACGAGCCCCAGUCGCCCCCGCCUUUCUCCAAGCCCCCCCAGGGCGCCUACGGGCUGCCCCCCGCCUCCUAUCCAGCACCCCUGCCCAGCUGCGCGCCCCCGCCGCCCCCGCAGAAGCGCUACACCGCGACGGGGGCGGGCGCGGGGGGCACACCCAACUAUGAUCCGCACGCGCAUGGCCUGCAGGGCAACGGCAGCUAUGGGACUCCACACUUACAGGGAAGCCCUGUCUUCGUUGGGGGCAGCUAUGUGGAGCCCAUGAGCAACUCUGGCCCCCCCCUCUUUGGCCUAACUCACCUCCCCCACGCCGCCUCGGCUGCCAUGGACUACGGGGGCGCUGGGCCGCUGGGCAGUGGCCACCAUCAUGGGCCCGGGCCAGGGGAGCCGCACCCCACCUACACGGACCUUACCGCCCACCAUCCUUCUCAGGGAAGAAUUCAGGAAGCCCCCAAGCUCACCCAUCUGUGAUGGUGGGCUCGGGGCUGCGCGCCAGGAGAGUCCCCACCCCACCCCCGCUACCUACCUUUCUUCUUCGUUUGCUUUUUUUGUUUGUUUAAGGUUCUUCCCGCCCCUCCCUUUUCUCUCUCCCCCGCCCCCCCCCCCCGGUUUGUUUUCUUUGGUAACACGUUUUUAUAGUUUAUGUGACGUAGCAAUCUUGGUUGCUGGAAUGGCUGUCAGUAUCAGUAGCGAUAUUUAUCUCCUCCCGCCCCUCGCUCGGCCGCUGGCCCUGCACCUUUACCUUCUCUACUCUUUGAUCAGAAACAGGGUAUAUGAACAAAUUUUCUAGCCAAGUUCUUUGAUGUGAAUUUGUUCGUACAUUAUGGCUCCCGAGGGGAAGCGAUUACUUUUUUUUUUUUAGUUUUUAGUAUUUUUUUUUAAUUGCACUUCUUGUAAAGAGCGAGAAAAAAUCAAAGGCGCUUUGAAACAGGGGCUCCCUGUGCAAGGAUGACUAAGUGUACGUCUUUCCGUGUGUGUAUGCUGGUGAACAGUCAGAUUUAUUUAUAUUUUUUUUGCAAGCAUUGAAUAAGUUUUAAAUAUUAUUUAUCCCCAUCCGUUCGUAUUUAUAUUAAAGAAAUUCUGUACCCUGAUUGUUCAGAAGGUUUCUUGGGCCUUUUGUUCAAUGGUGUAUUGGCGUACAUAGAAAAAAAUUUUAUUCGAAAGGGAAAUAGAAUUCCUUUAUAAAAACAGUAACGAUGCAAUAAUACCAGAGAGGAUCCAGCUUCUGAAAACAGUGAUUUAGGUUUGUUAACAUCAAGCGAAACUGAAAAAAAAAUCUGUAAACGCGAAAAACGCUAGGUUUGUUUUGAGAGUUCUACAUUCCUUGCUGCUCACAUUCUGAGAAACAAAACAAAAAAAUAAAAUAAAGUUUCUAUUCUGAAUAA